ACGAGUUUAAUACAUGAUUCUUUGUUUUAUCUACACAUUGUAACCGAUUUUUAUAAGUUUAUUGGAUAUCACCAAAUAUUAUCACAAUACCACCAUUCGGCUAAUGGAUUUUUACUAAUCGUGUGACUACCACUUUAUAUAAUUCAAAAUGGAUGUCAUGAGCCUUGUUGGGGUUCGGUGUUUUGCAAUAAUUUAUGAGUAAAUUAAAACAUAAAAACAAAGUAGACACUGUAAGAUUUAAUAGUAUAUGUUUAUUAGAUAUUUCUGUGAAACCAACUGUUUCGAAUGGCUUAUAAAUGUAAUGUAAAAUAAAAACUGCUCGAAUGUCCUAAUGAGAGUGUCAGACAGUGUUUAUUAUUUUUCAAUAUGACAUCAAUACAAGAACAUAAUUGUAUUUUUUGUGAAGAGAGCUUUGAAAAUAAAGAAGAAUUACAAAUACAUUUCAGGAAACAUGGUGAUCCGAAGUUUAAUCAAAAUAAGGCUAAAGGACGUGUUCAAAGUGCUGUUCAAGUUUCUAGCGAUUCGAGUAAAGAUGAGACAGAAAUGGUCGGUUGUGAUGUAUGUUCAGAAAUGUUUACAACUAUAUCAAAAGCGAUCACUCACAAGCACAAAGUACACCCGGAGCACGACGCUAAAUACUUCUGCCCGUGGUGCGGGAAACUCUUCACUAUGAAGCAUCUAUAUAAUAAACAUAUGCAAGCAAAUCAUAAUAACUUGGAUAAAACUGAAGACAACACCUUCCAUUGUGAUGUGUGCAAUGUUGAUUUCAAUUUACCUCUCGCCAUGAUUCACCACAACAGGUUUUACCAUCGGCAAGAUACAGACAUACCUCCCUUUGGGCACUCAAAAAAACUAAAAAUGUAUAAUCAGGAGUCAUUACCAGUUUAUUAUUGUUCAUUUUGUGGAGACGAAUAUGAAAACAAAGUCAACUUACAUAAACACUCAUAUGAUGAUCAUAAUGAUGAGAAUCAGAGCCCCGAUGUGGUCCUGCGAUGUCCUCUAUGUGACGCUAUAUUUUAUCAUUUGGAUGCUUAUGAGCUGCACUUGACCUUUCACACCAAAGAUGACUUGUAUAGUGAAAGAUGUGAAACGGCAGAUGAUGUAAGUGAAUUUUCCCUAGAAUCUGUGCCUCCCAUCAUGGAAAAAGUUGUAAGCUGUGAACCACAACAAGAUGCUGAAACAACAGUUAAUGAAGUGGGAAUCGAAGAUUUUCUUGAGCAAGUUUUAGAAGAACCAGAUGUUGCAGCUUCAAAGAAAAAUAAAAAACAUCGAAAACAUAAAAAAUCUAAGAAGUCCGCCAUUACACUUGAUGAAUUCUUAAAUAUGAAUAAAGAUGUUUUUGGCGAAGGUUUGGAUUUUCAAGGAGUAGAAGAAGUCCCCACGCGCGUAAUUACUAAAAGGUUAAAAGACAUAAAAAAAACAUCAAAUGCAAUAUCAGAAAUAUCUCCCGAACUAGAAAAAUUAAGAAAACACGGCAUUGUGAUUAAACGGAAACCAGGACAAAAUAUUUCAAGAGCUAACAAGAGGCAGUUCAACAAACUUUUAAAAUCAACAGUAAAAUCAUUACCUAAUAAAGUACACUCCGAGGCAAGAGUCAGUACUUCUGAAGACACCAUUGAUAAAUUAUUAAAUCAAACCAAUAAUCAGAUAAAAAUAGUAAAGAAAACUGACAAAACAAAUUUUUCUGUUAAUGAAAUUACACCUAUGUCUAAUAAAUUUCACGAAGAACAUGGUGAAAUGGAAUGUGAUAGUACCAAAAAAGAUAUUGGAAAGCCCCUUCCCGAAGAUAUUGAUCCCGGAAAUAUAUCUUCUACAGUAGAGAAAAAUGAACAUAAAUUAAAGGACGAAGAGACUGUUCCACCAGAAACUCACAUUGCUACGGAAAAUAUCGAAGAGACACUGAACAACGACAUUGGUAUCGAAGCUGAAGAUGUAUUGCAAAAUGAGGCAGAAUCAUCAAAAGCUAUUCCAAACCCGAACCACACCAAAGUGGAAUCUACUUCAAAUAAUGGAAAUAACGAUUUAGAAACUACGGAUAUUAAUAUGAUCAGCAAGCAUAAAAGAAGUGACGACAAUCCUAAUAAUGAUGUGAAUAUUGAAAAACAAAGCAAAAUCGACUCAUUGUCCUCCUUAAAACGUUUGAGUCAUCUUAUAACUGUAAAGUCAGUAACUCCAACUAAAAACUCGGCUACUGCUGAGUCGAACUUAGUUAAAGACAUUCAGCCCGUAAAUGUGCAUACAGCUGAGGAUAAUUUAGAACCAUCAACAAUAAGCCAGAAGGAUUCUAAAAGUAGCGUGAAUGAGAUAGAUUUUAAAAAAGCAAAUGAUUUACAGUUGAAUACAGGUAAAAACUUACAAAUCAGAUCUUUGUCGCCACAACAGGUACCAGACCAAACAAAUAUAAUAACACAAAUAAAGGAGAAUAGCGAUUUAGUCAAUAGGUCUAAUAAAACAUGUAACAUAAAUACAACAAAAAAUGAUAAUUCUAAACCUUCAGAAUUAAUACAAUCGAAACAUAUAUCUACAAAUACAGGAAAAAUUUCGAUUCCACUUCAAACAAAUUAUAAUGAGAUGGAGAAACAAGAGACAACAAAUCUUUUAAAACAUCUCACAGGUAUAACAGCUAAACCGAUAAACAUUGCCAAAUGUAACAAUAGAAGGAAUACUUCACUGCAACAAAGAAAUAUAAACAAGAGCAAUGUAAGAAAAAUAUUGCCCCAAAAGGAAAUAAUAAAUAAUGAAGAAAUAGAGAUUUAUAACAUUGAUGAUUCCGAGGAUGAAAUAGAUCAAGAUCGUCCACAAAAUAAUGAUGUCAUUAGUAGUACUAUACAACCGACAGAUGUCUUAAAAAAUCUUAGUAAAAAUAUAACUGUUAGAUCUUUAAGUCAUAGUAUUCCCGAAAAAUGUAAAGUAAGUUGUCAAAUUGUUCAACAAGAUAAAAUUAAUAACGACAAAAGUUGCGUGACUGCCAGUGAAACUGUAAGCAGCCUCAAUAAGGACGCACAUGUUACAGAUUUGUCUAACAAUAAAUUUGCUAAACCAAUAAGUGAAAAAGAUAUAGCUCUUAAAAAUGCUUUACAGAAUUUAGGUAAACAUGUAACACUUAAAUCGAGGAAUAUUUCUCCUUCACAAUCUGUACAUUGUCAAAACCAAAAUGAGGUAACUUGGAAAUAUGAACGUAAUAAGGACUCAUUAAAAAUUACGGAAGUUACUGAGGAAGGCUGUGAUGACGAGUAUGAAAAUGAACACGUCAGUGAUAAUGUCAUAGUACAAUCGCCAGAAGAUUCAUGCAGUGACAAAGAUAAUGAGGAUACAGACAUGGAUGAAGAUGAUUUUGAAAACCAAAUUAAAGCAAAUAUGUUAAGGAAAGAUGAAGAAUGCAUACAAUCACCUCCAAGUGUUGCAGGCGUAAGUGGAAUGAAAAGCCCUUGUGAAGAUUCUACAAAAAAAAUACCAGAUAAAGUGGUUGAAAAGGAUGAUAGUUUUGAAGGUCAUUUGAAUUUAGAUAUAACAAAAAGCCUUGGUAAUCAAAUAUCCAUAAAACCUGUAAAGCAAGCCAAAAAAGAAGUCAAGCACGAAAAUAACACAAAUGCUGAACAAAUUAAUGAGCAAAGCUCACACAGUUCACAAAUAAAUCAGAAAAUAGAUGUUUCGAAUCAAAUAAAGAAUACAGUGAACAAACAAGUUAUGGUAAAAACAUUCCAGACACAGACAAAGACUGUUAUAGAGGAAAUUACAACAACGGUAACUAAAACGAUAAAAACUGUAAAUCAUAGUUUAAAACAAGAAGUUCGAAACGUAAAUAAUUAUAGCUCAACUUCAGCACUUCCACAAAAAAUACAAGGAAUGAGAGUAAAUAAAGAGUCUCGCAAUCUUCAAGGAAUAGUUGUAAGACAUUCUUCGCCGGUCAUGCGACCUAAAAUUGGUAUUAGUCCGCCGACGAAAUCAGCUGUUGGCACAACUGUAAGACAUUCUAGUCAAGUUAUACCUGUUGGAACUUCCGUAAGACCAGGCAACCAGGUAGUUCCUAUUCGGCCUAGAUCGAAUAUAGUUCGCCCAAGCAAUCCAAGAAUGCCUAGUGUGCAAAAAAUCAGACCUUCCACAGUGAAUCAACCAGCUGUCAGAGUCGGAAGGCCACUUAAAGUUUUCUCAGAAACAAUGGUUGUACCUGUCAAAAGACCUGGUUUAGAGGACUUGUCAGGUCCUUUUAGUUGUUUUAAAAAACCAAAGGAAUCCCUUAUUCCUGUAUCAGAUGUACCAAUACUCAAUAACAGCGAAUCUGAAUCAAUGAUGGAAUACACUUCUGUGUGCAAAUCAAACUCUAUGAAUACAGCAGCGACAUUAAAGAAUAAUUCCGUAAUUACAUCUACACAAAUUAAAUCAGAAGUCAACACCACUUCCCAGCAACUCAGCAGAUUAAAUAAUACAUCUGGUAUAAAAGUAACAAAAAUUAAUCAAAGCAAACAAGCACAAGUGCAGGAAACUAGUGAAAUUAGUGCUUCACAAAGAACUACUUUAGAAGCAAUACAAAAGUUGCAAAAACAGGGAUUGUUAGUGAAAAAGCCAAGAUUAGAUUUAGCACAAGAUAGUGAUGGCUCCGACCAUAGUGGAAACAAUUCAACUGACGAAAAUGAUUAAUACAACUGAAUUUUGUGUAAUAUAAUUAUUUUUUUAUUUUUAUAAUAGGUUACAUCGUUGACUGAUUUGGAUUUAUAUUCUUGUGCAAAAACUGUUCCAUUAUAUCCACUCAAUGAGCCAUAAGCAAUACUGUUUGUAUGUAUUUAUUGAAGUAUUUAAGUGUGUAAUUAAAUUCUAAGCAAAGGAAUAUGCAGACACAAUAUAUGUUUAAUUUUCAAACAAUUAGUGAAAAUGAGGUAUUAACACAAAAGAACACUAUAUAGGGCCGCUGACGAUAAGAUUAUAACAUUUUUACUCGACAGUGAUACCUAUUGCGCCUGCCCUGUCAAACAUUUUAUGUUGACUAAAUAGUGUUCAUUAUAUUUAUAUAAUAUAAUUAUUGGCUACAAGACAGUUUAAUGAAAUAUGUAUUGUGUAUGGGAGCUUAUGUGUAAACAAUAAUUUCCUACGCAGUUUGCAUUAAAUAUAAAUUGUUAAUAUUUUUAUUAAGGACUAAAACGCGGGCGGUGCUAAUUGAGCCACGUGUUCGUCCCAUUCUAUGUUAAAUUUUAGUUCGCUUGUCAUAGUAACUUUGCUUUAAUUAUGACGUCAUAAUACAAAUGUCACAUGACCACGGUUUUCGCGCGACAUUUAAAAUCAAUAAAAAAAAGUUUUUCCUUUUAUAUUACGGGUUUUCGAGUAAAAGGUAGUUUUAAGGGGUAUAAAAUAAACAUGUGUAAUCAGUAAAAUACUUUUCCGAAAACUGUCAAGUAGCCAAUUAAGCUAUUGAAAUCCGAAAAAGAACAGGGUGUGUGCGCCUUUUGCCAUGCCCCAGCCACGGUGUUAAGAGAUGUUUUAUUUCAUUUUCUUUUGAUACUGCACCCGAAUAGAUUUUAUGUUUAAGCCUAUAUGCCGUCGUAAAUUACUGUUUAUAAUCAGAAGCGAGCGAUGCAUGAAACUGGAGGAAAUCCAAAAAAAAUGUGAGCUUGUGAUACAUAGGUAAUAAAUUGUAGGUGUAUUUUUCAUAACUAUUGCGCAUUUGGACCUUAACGUUCUACAACUAUCAAUAAUCCCGAUAAAUUUGCAAGGCUUCCUGUUCUUGUAUUACGGAUAUAUAACUUACUUUUAAAAUUAAAAAAAAAUGAUUUGAAAAUUAACUGUCGAAAACGAACAUCACAUACUUUUAUUAACAAGGUAUAUUUAAAGGAGUACAAUACCCUAUAAUUAUCUCAUUGACAUUAUACAAGGUAUAAGAGUAUCUUUUUUUUCAUGUUGUCGACAUAAGUGUAAAACUAUAUUUUCAUUUAUAAAUAACAUUAAAGAUACAUUAUUGUUCCUAA